UACUAACUGUGCCCCGCCACGCGUUGCUGUGGCUCAGUCUGAUUAAAUAGAAAAGAAAAAAAAGCAUAAGUUUCUAAAAUGUUAAACCUCCCUCCUCCAAGACAAACUUGAUUUCUAUCUUCCCGGCCCUGCGUGGGAACCUCAAUCUUUUCCUAGACGAAAAGUCAUAUAAAUGGGCAUUUUUCCUGUAGAAGAUAACCUACCUUGUCCCCUCACCCCUUUAGAAGACGGCACAAAAUAAUUAAACUCAAUUUCUACCCAAUGUAAUACAAAAUUAAAUAUUAGAAAUGUUCAAUUAAGUAAAUGAAAUUAAAAAUUGAACAUAAAUAUUGAAAAAUCAGAUUAAGCCAAAAUAUGACGUUAUCGUUUAGAUAAAGGUUAGUAUUUAGAACAUAAGAACAUAUUGCGUAUAUUCAAAUGUGUAUGUUCAAAUGUUAUGCGAGAACAUAUUUAUAUAUGUUCAAAUUUUCCACCCAUUCGCCAAAAUCUAUGACCAACAGAUGGCGCUGGACUUACUUGUAUUAAACAAUUAUUUUUUAAAAAUUAAUUAAUUAUUUUAUAAAUAAAUUAGUGUAAUAAAAACAUGUAUGCGAAUGCAACAUUGUGUCAAAAUUUCAAAACAAUUGGUAGAAUACUUUUGGAGAUUUGCGACUGGCACAAACGAAAUCUACAUUUUUACAUAAUAUAUAGAUAGAUAUACGAAUAGUAUAAAACUGGAAUAAAUAUUUUGAUCCAUAUAUCUUAUCGGCAAUGAUUGCUCAACGUGUUUCUACUUCACUGUUUCUUUUAACUUAUGAUAGCGUCAUCGAUACUUUAACAGACUCGUAAAAGAGAGAUAAACAACCUCAUUUAUAUUUAUCGAGUUUAAGAAUACAUUAGUUUUUUAAUGAACUUGCAUUUAAAAUAAAACAAUUUCUUUAGCAUGUUAUAUUACCAAUCAUUUCUAAGACUAUAUCGCGAACAAAGUACGCGAGUAAAGAUCCAGUGUCUUUGUGUUGAUAACGAUAAUAUUAUUAUUAAAAUCAAAUAAGAAUAGAUAAAAAAAAAUGAAUCUCUUCGUUUUUGGUUUAAAAUUGUCAAAGUGGAUGAAUACAACAAGUGUGCGUCAAAUUUCCAAAAUUGGAUUUAUCGGUUUAGGAAAUAUGGGUAAUCAUAUGGCAAGAAAUAUUUUAAAAAAGGAUUAUCAAUUAACGGUGUUUGAUGUUGAUAAAUCAGCAAUUACUAACUUGAUUGAAGCCGGUGCAAAAACUGCAUCGACCGGCGCGGAAACGGUAAAGGAUGUUGACGUGCUCAUUUCUAUGUUACCUUCGAGUCAACACGUUUUAAAUUGCUAUACUGGUGCUAAUGGUGUAUUGAGUUCAGUGAAAAAAGGUGUACUUCUGAUAGACAGCAGUACAAUAGACCCAUUCGUGUCGCAAGAAAUUUCGAAAGAGGUUGAAAAACGAGAAGCUAAAUUUAUCGAUGCUCCUGUUUCCGGAGGUAUAAACGCAGCGAGGGAUGGUACAUUGACUUUUAUGGUUGGUGGCUCUAAAGAAAAUUUUGAUUCCGCCAAGAUUAUUUUGGAAGUUAUGGGUUCAAGAAUAGUUCAUUGCGGUGAUGUUGGAAUGGGACAAGCAGCAAAAUUGUGUAAUAAUAUGUUAUUGGCUAUUAGUAUGAUUGGUACGGCCGAAAUUUUUAAUCUUGGUCAAAGAUUGGGUUUAAAAAAUAGUGUAUUGAACGACAUAGUGAAUUCUAGUUCAGGAAAAUGUUGGUCUUCGGAAUUGUAUAAUCCUGUUCCUGGUAUACUUCCUGAUGUUCCUAGUUCCAGAAAUUAUGAAGGUGGUUUUAGUACAUUUCUUAUGGCAAAGGAUUUAAGUUUGGUUCAAUCUGCUGCCACUAGGACAAAUACAUUAAUUCCUUUGGGUUCUUUAGCUCAUCAAAUUUAUAGAAUACUCAAUACUCAUGGUUUAUCAAAAAAAGAUUUUAGUAUCGUGUACCAAUUUAUAAAAGGAAACAAGAUUUAAAGCAAAACUGGCGGCUUAACGAGAACUGUAAUUAUAUCGACUAACGUAGUAGAAUACUAAUGCCAUCUACAAAUUAAACACUUUCAAAUAACAAAAUAUAGAGAAAGAAAAGUGAAGAAUAGAUUAAAUUUUUAAUAACUGAACGAUAUAAAGCCAAUAAGAAAGUUCAUAAAUAUUUCACAUGAAAAAUAAUACGUAACGAUUUCUACAUUACCGACCGAUACAUGCAAUGAAACGUUUUCAUUUGAUUAAGGAAAGAAAAAAGAUAACGACAGCAGCGACAUCCGGGUUGUUAAGGAACCAAGUUACUAUCAUCAGAGUUGUUGAGUUGACCAACGUGGUACCUCCACCAUUUCUGUCACUUGUCGAGAGUUUUUGCUCGCGGUAGGAACCUGCAGAGACUACGUUGAGAGUUCCGAAGAAAGAAAGAAAUAAAGUAAGAGUGGGAGGAAGAGUGAGAAAGAGUGAAAAAGAGAGAAAGAAAGAGAGAGAAAGAAAGAUAGGAAUAAUAGACGAUCUGGAGAAACCGAGAGGGCGCAGUGCGGUUCAAUGCUGCUGGUGUCGGCGUGGCUCCUGCAUUUUCGGCUCUCCGGAAACAAAUAAUUCAAGUUUAACCGUGUAAAUAAAUACUUUAUCUCAUUUCAUCGUAACGUCUUGUGUGUUCUUAUCAACAGAAGAAACGAAUGAAUAAAAUACUAGAAAAAGAACGUUGUUACAUUAAUUCGUAUUAUCGGUGUUACUACUACUAUUAUUAUUAUUAUUAUAAUCAUUAAGAAUUCUUGCUUUGGAUCAGAAGAACAAAUUCGAGUGAAACACAAACGAAAUUCGGUGCGCGACAAAAAAGAAAAGAAAUAAUUAAAAAGAAAAAUAAAACGUGCAAAGAGUGUAAUCGAAUACAUAAUCUACGACGAUAAUCAACAUCAAACAAAAUCGUCGUCGUCGUCGUCGUCGUCAUCGUCAUCACCACCAUCACCAUCGAUAAAUCCGAGUGCUUGUGCCUAUUCUGUGCAAAGAAGGCACGUGUCCCUCCUUUCCUCCUUUUCCUCCUCCUCCAUCUCAUUUAAGUUGCUAGUUUUUAAUUUGUUUUUUUUCUCUCUUCCUCUUUCUCUGUUUUUCUCUAUUCGUCGAUUCGAUUGAUAGAACAUCGAAUAAGGAAGAACCCAAAUUAUUUAUAAAUUUUUUUCUUUAUUCCUUUUCAAUUUUUGUUUUUGUUCAUUAUUUUCUUAAUCCAUUUU